CCGUAACCCAAAAAGAGGCUCUAAUGAUGUAGGACUACCGUAACUGCCGCCGCGUAUUUUACCUUUACCUAGCGCGUCGUCCGCCAAGACCUGCAAGGCUGCGGCUGCUUUACUUUGCCCGAUCGGUCGCUGACGUCCUUCAACAACCUCAUCAAUCGCCUCCAGGUGGUUGGCAACCCCGCAGAUUUCGCUCUACGCAUGCCACAGCUUCUUCUCCGAGCCCAUUGAAUCAUGGCGACAGUUGCCGGACGCGACCGAUACGCGCGCCAGAGCCUCGGCGGCAAUCUCCACGCGCGCAUCAAGCAGGCGCGUGUCUUGAUGGUCGGCGCUGGCGGAAUUGGCUGCGAGCUACUUAAAAACCUCGUUCUUACCGGCUUCGGCGAUAUACAUAUUGUUGACCUCGAUACCAUCGACCUGAGCAACCUGAACCGUCAGUUCCUAUUCCGCAACGAGCACAUCAAGAAGUCGAAAGCUUUGGUCGCCAAAGAUUCCGCUGGAAGGUUCAACCCCAACGUCAAAAUAGAGCCAUACCAUGACAAUAUCAAAGACCCCAAGUUUAACGUUGCCUGGUUCAAGACGUUUGAGAUCGUCUUCAAUGCGCUGGACAACCUGGACGCUCGGCGGCACGUGAACAAGAUGUGCCUGGCUGCUGAUGUACCCUUAAUUGAAAGCGGUACGACGGGAUUCAAUGGUCAAGUGCAGGUCAUUCGCAAGGGAAAAUCGCAGUGCUAUGACUGCACGCCGAAGGAGGCGCCAAAAUCGUUUCCUGUGUGCACCAUUCGAAGCACGCCCUCCCAGCCUCUCCACUGCAUCGUGUGGGCCAAAUCCUACCUCUUCACUGAGAUCUUCGGUACCUCGGAAGACGAAGCGCCUGAACUUGAUUAUAAAAAAGACUCGGACAACGCGGAGGAGCUGAGCAACUUGCGCAAAGAGGCGCAGGCUUUGAAGCGCAUUCGCGAAUCGAUGGGCUCCGCGGACUUUCCACGCCUAGUGUUCGAGAAGGUGUUCAAGGAAGAUAUAGAUCGGUUACGCAGCAUGGAAGACAUGUGGAAGUCAAGGAAGCCGCCUGUUGCUCUGGACUUCGACAGACUUUCUACGGAGGCGCUUGGCGUUGGUACAGCAACUGCACGGAAAGAUCAAGUGGAGUGGUCACCAGCAGAGAAUUUCGUCGUAUUUGUAGACAGUCUACAACGGCUUAGUACUCGACUUGAGGAGACGCGAGCGAAUGUAGACACCGGCAAUUCCCCGCCCAUCUUGACAUUUGAUAAGGAUGAUGAAGAUACCUUGGAUUUCGUUGCAGCAAGCGCAAAUUUGCGGUCCAUUGUCUUCGACAUUGAACGAAGGUCCAAAUUCGAUAUCAAACAGAUGGCCGGUAACAUUAUCCCUGCCAUUGCAACCACAAACGCGAUGACGGCAUCUAUCUGCGUCCUACAAGCAUUCAAGGUCAUGCGUGAGGAACUAUCUAAAGCCAAGAUGGUGUUCCUUGCACCGAAUGGUACGGAGCGACGCCUCAUGACCGAGUCCCUAGCGCCUCCAAACCCAGAGUGCCCUGUCUGUAGUGUCGCCCAGGCUGUGGUAGAGGUCGAUCUCAAGCGUGCUACACUGAAUCAUCUGGUGGAGGAUCUCCGCGCACAGCUAGGAUAUGGUGAAGAGUUCAGUAUCAACAAGGACGCCAAUAUCCUCUACGACCCCGAUGAGGAUAUCAAUCUUUCCAAAACCUUCAGCGAGUUGGGACUGGAGGACGACACGUUCUUGACGAUCAUCGACGAAUCCGAGAUGGACAAGAAGGUCAACCUCGUUCUCAGCAUUGCGGCGAAAGAACUGCAAGAACAGCCUGUUCACUUGCUGGAAAAGGUCACCGUCCCCACCGCUCCGAAGAAAGCUGCUGCGCCCGAGACCAAUGGUCACAAUGGCCAUGCGCACCCGGCUACGAACGGAACUACCAUGACAGUAGUCACCAAUGGCAACAAACCUUUGAAGCGUACAGCCGAUGACGCAGGUUUGGAAGACGAGCUAGUCAAAAAGAAAGGCAAGGUCGCUGCCAAGCCGAACGAGGACUCUGGCCCCAUUGAGAUUGAGGACUCAGGCGAUGGUGCCAUAAUCAUUGACGACGACUGA